AAUGGUUAAUGGUUUACUACUCUGUUAUGGAAUAUGAAAUCUUUUCAUUUUUAUUGAUUUAAGGUUUGGAACUAGAUGAAUGCAUUGAGAAAACGAUAAUUCUAUGAUAAUUAAGAGGUUCGAACUUUGUCUACUUUAAUUUAAAUACAAAAAUUGCAUAUUGCAACCAUGGCUGGACCUGCUGGAUACCAAUUGAAUGCUAUGGAGGAGAAGCAAUCGGAGGAAAAUUUACCUCGUCGUGGCUUAGUAACUGAUGUUUGCCGAGAAUGGACCAUGCAUGAAGAUCAAGCAUUAGCUUAUAAACUUCAGAAUGAAGAAUAUGAUCAACAUCUUGGUUCAAACAAGAACCGCAAUGCUCAGCUGCGACAUGACACGCCUCACGCAAGGCAGGAGCAGUUCAGAGUGGAUGAGGAGGCAGCUCGGCAACACCAGCGGAUGCUACUAGAACUUGACCGGCAAGAAGCAGCAGACGCAGCUCUUGCAGCUGAUGUUGCUGCUCGUCUUGAAGAAGAAGAGCGGCUGCGGCAGCUGGAAAUAGAGAAGCGGGAUGCAGAGCUCGCAAAAAAGCUGGCUGCUGAAGAGCGCGCUCGACUCAAGGAAAAGAAAGAACUCAAGCAGAUUUGCACCUCCUUGCCUCAGUGA